GGGUGAUCUUCGACCAAUGCCAUUAUCUGAUCAAUCUCCAUAUAAAUACAGCUCCUCUCAUAGCACUGCAUAGUUCUUUUCAAAUCAACAACGAUGGCAGCCGUGGUACUUGUCACUGGAGGCACUGGACUCGUCGGGAAAGCUAUCGAGUACGUUAUCGAACACGAACCAGAAGGCUCGCGCUUCGGAAAGCGCCCAGGGGAGAAAUGGAUCUUUGCUGGCUCUCGCGAGGCCGAUCUAAGAAAUCCUGAAGAAACCCUGAAGUUAUUCGAGAAAUACCAACCUACUCAUGUCAUCCAUCUGGCUGCCCUUGUGGGUGGCCUCUUCGCGAACAGAGAGCGGAAGAUGACUUUCCUUCGCGAUAAUAUGCUGAUCAACGACAAUGUUCUUCACACCGCUCACAUCAAAGGGACAAAGAAAGUCAUCUCUUGUCUUUCGACAUGUGUCUUCCCGGACAAAGUCGAAUACCCACUCACAGAGGAGAAGGUUCACCUUGGACCACCACAUUCGAGUAACUUCGGGUAUGCGCAUGCGAAGAGAAUGGUAGAUAUCCAGAACCAUGCUUACAAGGAGGAAUUUGGCUGCAACUUCACAUCUGCCAUCCCGACCAAUGUGUUUGGACCGCAUGAUAACUUUGAUCUGAAGCAUGCGCAUGUGAUGCCCGCGCUGAUUCACAAAUGCUACCUAUCACAAAAGAACAACACGCCAUUCAAAGUUAUGGGCGAUGGUUCGCCCCUUCGUCAAUUCAUCUACUCUCGUGACCUGGCCAAGCUGUUCAUAUGGCAAAUGCGCGAGUAUGACUCCGUUGAACCCGUCAUCCUUUCAGUGGAUGAGAAUGACGAAAUCAGUAUUCGCGAUCUUGCGAAUUCCAUCGUCAAAGUCAUGAAUCACCCUGACAAGCCCGAGUUUGAGAACGAAGUUAAUGACAACGGCCAAGACCGCAAACCCGCAUCGAAUGCAAAGCUCAUGAGCCUGAUUGGCUCCGACUUCAAGUUCACGCCAUUUGAACAAGCUCUUCAGGAGACAGUGACAUGGUUCCUUCAGAACUAUGCCAACGCGAGGAUCGGACAAUCUCACGCUUAGACAGGUUGGGAUAGAUGGACAAACGUUCGAUGUUGUAGAAUUACAGUUGUGUUUCACUGUUUGCCUACUUUUCAUUCCUUGCCUGUAUAUGCAGAAGUACUUAACACUACUAACCGACAAGGAGUGACAGUUGUACCUUAUAUAUCAGUCGAACUAUACAUAAGCAUGUUGAUCAGUAGUCGAAGAAUUUCUGGUGAUACUUGCCCCAGCAUUCUCAGUCUCAUCAGCCGUCAACUCCGGAACGUUGGUCGUAUCAAGAUACUCUCUCAUCCUAUGCGCCUUGCUC